AUGAAAAUCGCGAAGCUCGACACGGCAAAAUAUGUUUAUGAACGACUAUUUUUGCAGGGAGAAGGAUCUGACGUUACCGUGCACGCCGUCGGCCAUGUCUGGCACCUUCACAAGUUGUAUUUGAAGCAGUGCAAGUUUUUCGAGGUUUUGAUGCAAGGGAACUGGAAAGAUUCCAAAGAGGACGACAUCUACUUGGAUUUUCCCGAUGAAAAUGUCACUCGCGAAGGACUUCACGCAGUUUUGGGAUCUCUUUAUCAUAACCAGAUUGAACUGGAUUUAGAUAAAGCCGAGGGAGUCCUCUCCGCCGCAUCUGUGCUCCAGUUG